AUGCAUCUAAGAAGCGCUUCCUUAAUGGAGAUAGAUCCCUCGAAGCUUAAUAUCAUCAGGGAGAUCACGCGCUCUGAUUCGUCCUCAAUAUUCGAGGUAGAUCUGGAUACGCAAAAGUAUGCGCUGAAGCUUUUCCACGACACUGGAUGCACGGAAAAAGGGCGUGAUUUGGACCGAUUUCGCUGUGAACUGAACGCAUACAAGAAACUCCGCACCUCUGGUGCCUGUGCUCGCAGAUUCGUCCCAAAAUUCUACGGCUACAUUGAUCGAAUGGAUCCCGCAGCAUUCCAUCCUGCUUUCCAACAUUUCGCCCAAGAUAAGCUCAACCCUAGGGCAAUAUUACUAGAAUACCUCCCAGAUGCAGAGGCCUUAAACUGCGUGAACUAUUCGGACGAGCUCUAUCCGCAGGCAAUUGAGGGCAUGAGGGAGAUACACAGGGCGGGCGUUCACCACCAAGACAUCUACCCUAGAAAUAUUCUCCUCGUUCAUGGAAACCCCGAUAGGCUGGUGUGGAUUGAUUUUGAUGUUGCAACGACCUUCGCAGAGUUUGGACCCGAGCAGCUGGCCCGCUGUGACUACGAGAUCGCGCUUGUGAAGGGAUUUGGUGAAGCACUGAAUCUCCUGAUUUCUGCACCGAAAAAGAAAGCCUGGAUUAAGAUAUUGACCUACCUUGAAAUUCCCGGUGCAAGCAGGCCGGAGGACACGACUCCGCCUAGCCGCGCACUCCGAACCCUCAAAAUCCAACCUCGAAACCCUCUUUCCAGAUGCCAAAGUUAUCCACACAGACAUGACAUCACAUCUCUAUCCGCAUGCUGUGCUCUGCUAUCCGGCGCAACCGCCGUCUACCACGUCGGAUCCUCCUUGCACUCUGGUGAAAUGGACAUGGGCAUCAACAUGAUUGACGCUGCCAUACCCGAGAGCCAGAAACCAGGGAACGUGUUCAAACACUUCGUUUUCUCCAGUGUGCUCGGUACGCAAAAUCGGAAUCUUAUGCAACACGACCUGGAAUCCCGCGUUGAGGAGCGCCUGUUUCUUAGUUCGUUGAAUUCCACGAUUCUUCAAUCGACUAAUUUCAUGGACGCGUAUCCUGUCACACAGCUGGUGGGCCAAGAUAAUCCGUCGAUCCAGAGACUUUGGAAUCCACAUAUGCCGAAUAGCGUCAUCGCACUCCGGGAUCUAGCCGAGGCGUCUGCGAUUGUGUUGAGUGAGAGGGAGAAACAUUUUUUCGUGCAGUAUCCCCUCGUCUCGACGUUACCGGUUUCUGAUGUGGAGAUUGUUAGCGCUAUAGAAAGACACAUUGGGAACUCUAUUGAAACAAAAACGCCUAGUUUUGAGGAUGGUGUUGAAAAUGUUAUUGAUUAUCUUUUUGGUGGGAAGCAGGAUGCUAUUUACGCGGGUGAGGAUGUGGAUAAUGAUUUGAGGAGACUUGCUGCGGAUGAGGAUCUUCGGCCCGACAUUACAAGGGACGAGGCGGAGCGGCUUGUGUUAUUUUAUAAUCGUCGUGGACUCAAGGGUAAUCCGAAUGUUUUGCGGUGGUUGCUUGGGAGGGAGCCAACUAGUAUUGAGGAGGGGGUUGGGUUGCAAUUGGGAUAA